CAGGUAACAAAGAAACAAUUUAUGCGAAAAUAUAAUACAAAUAUAUACACAAACCCGCAAAAUAGCGAGGCUAACCUACAAUGUAGGCGCGUUUGUCCAACUGUUUCAGUACACUACACUCCUCCUAUAGUUGCCAGAUAUGAGAGCUUACAAGGACUUCCCCUUCCCUUCCCUCCCCUCCCCUAUCCUUUCGAGUGUGUAGUCUUGUAGUCUUGCGGACAUCAUGUGAUCGUUUGUCUUUGUACAUGUUCGAUGAUUGAUGCAGUUUUGAUCGCUGUAUUUGUCAAAUUUGCUGCAAAAAAUGUCUUUCGUUCCUGAAAAGCGCCAUUUACUUUCUUCAUCGCAACAAAGCACAAGCUACGAUACAUUCGUCGCUCCUGCAGAAGGCGAUGGAAGUGCGAGUACAGUUUCAACAGUCGAAGGUCAAUCGUCUACGCUUGAAGGACAACAAGAGCUUGUGCAAAAUCACAUCUUUCAAAUAUCAAGCGAGGCUACCGAGGAUCGCGAACCCGUCCAACAGAGAAAUAUAUUAUCAUAUUUGUGUUCUUUUAAUCCGUUGAGAUACUUGAUUAUUGCAUUUGGACUAUGGAGUGAAAUGGGACGUUGCUCCAUGUAUUUUAUUAUCCCAGUAGUUAUAGUAUUAACAUUGCCUGUGGAGAUAUAUCUUGCUUUAAAUGUUGAAUGCAACGUCAAGGGCAAUAAUUUUGAAGGAGGAUAUGAUAAAAGAGAUCUGGAUCUGUGGAUUUCACAAUCCAUGGAACUUUUAUCUUAUUUAUUGAUGGCUUUCUCUGUUCGAAAGUUGAGAAAGCAUCGCCAGGCAAUUUGCCUUUCACAAGCUUUCAGGCUUGCAAAGACAAUCUGGUUGAAUUUCAUUUUACUUGUGUCGGUAUGUCUAAUAGUUUUAUCAGUAGUGACAAGAAACUACUCCAUCCCGCAAGACGGGUUACUCUACAUUGGCUCUGGUGCAGUGCAGUAUGAGAUUUGGGGUGUAAAAAAUCAGAAAAUAUAUCUCAGAUAUCUCGUAUGGCGGUUGAUUUCCUCAGUCGUAACAUGGCAACCUGUCAUAUGCUGUUUGCUAUUUGAUGUUAUUAUGAAGGCUCUGGCGACCCUUGUUGACCAAUGCCUUAAAAGAAUCAUUACAAUKAGGGCUGAAUCUGUCAAGUAUUACAUUCAAAUACACCAAGAGAUCUGUUGUAAAGCGGAGUCGACCUUUUYGGUUUUCAAAGUAUGGUUGACUUUUAACGUACUGGCUUUUAUUUUUUUAUUAUUUUGGAACGGUAUCAGAAAAUCCAUUGCUCUCAUUGGAACCUACAGGUCCUUUGAAUUUUUUCGUUCCUUGUGUUACGGACCAAACCUAGAUGAUUCGUUAUAUGAUUUAGUAAUGUGGUACUAUCUCUGUACUUUGUUGCUGUAUAUACUAUUCAAUGUGUACUUCCCUUGGCGCUCAAUGGCCUGUUUGAGACAUUCUUUCAGCCAUCUUGUGCAAGUAUUAAAUGACAAGMCAGACUGGGACCCGGAGCAUCCAUUCAACGAUCGCUUCAACCUGAACUGUUUCAUACAAUAUGCAAACAUUGCACAGCGUCGUCCUUUCAUGAAUUUCACCUUUAGGUCGAUAAUACCCUACUUAUCGAUAUUGCUUGCUGCAUAUGGUAUUUCAUUGGCUUUAUACCAUAUCAGUUUGAGAAUGAGGGUCAUCAGUUAAAUAAUAUGCACCGAAUGGUAUCUUAAGUGCGCAGUGCGUUCAGCAAGAUUGAAGGUCCAGGGAGKUUGAAUUUUGAAGGUUCAGGGAGAGAAAAAUCAAAUUCUCUACAAAUCAAUCUCGUUUAUAACGACAAAACUUAAUUUAUUUAUUUUUAACAAAGUCUAAAUCAAUAAAACUUUUGAAUUACUAAU